UCCAUUCAGCCUGGUGAUUUUAGUCCUUUCCAUCUCGGUGUUCAAGUCUCCCAGUUCAUACAAUUAAAAUCACGCACCACAGAGCUUUAUAAGAACCUCAGUGAUUCCGGGAUGAUCUCAUCAUAUGCAGCCCGUCUCCCAAAACCUGGUGAAUUUUCAAAGGCCUUGUACACAAUUGAUAUUGGCCAUAACGAUCUUGCAUAUGCUUUCCAAAACAAGGACUUUUUACAAGAGUACGAAGAGCAGGUUCGAGCAACUAUUCCAAACAUAGUUAAUCAAUUCACUCAAGCACUACAGCAACUUUACGAUGAAGGGGCAAGAUUCUUCUGGGUGCACAAUCCAGGACCAAUUGGUUGCUUGCCAUUAAGUGCUAUACCGUACCAAGCCAUGAACGGUUCUCUUGACCAGUACGGUUGUAUCAAGUACCAAAACGACAUUGCUCAGGAGUUCAACCAGCAGCUAAAGGACGGUGUAACCCAACUUAAGACCCAGCUCCCACUUGCUACAUUCACCUACAUUGACAUCUAUUCAGCUAAAUUUUCACUAAUCAGCGAUGCAAAGAAUCAAGGCUUUGAUGACCCUUUGAACUACUGUUGUGGUAGUCUAUUUCCUUAUCCAGUCUUCUGUGGCUCUACCAUGGAAGUGAAUGAGACAGUGUAUGGUAAUCCUUGUGAUGAUCCCUGGGCUCGCAUUAGCUGGGAUGGCAUACACUAUACUGAGGCUGCCAAUCGAUGGGUUGCAACCAAGAUUAUCAGCCGUUCACUGUCUGAUCCUCCGGUCCCAAUUACAAAUGCUUGUUCUUAGCCCAAACACAUGGUCAUUGUUUGCUAUCCAACAACUCAAUUGUCUUGGUCCAUUGCAUAUAAUUCAGAAGGGUGCAUGAGCUAUAAGUAUGUGGAGGUAUUGUUGGUUUAAGACA